GUCAUGGUGAUGUACCUGCUGACCUCUGACCCACAUCCUGCGGUACCCCCCCCCCGGAAAAAUUCCUGCGGGUGCCCGGACCGAGACUAUCGGGAGCGCGCCCUCGUAAAAAUUGUUUUUUUCACCACAGGCCUACUGCGGCCUCGCGCAUGACUGUCGACUGUCGCAUGUGGAAUGCGCGCCCCCGACACCAGGCGGCUCGCUGCUGGCGGAGCGCUUGCUCGUCAGUCUGAGAUGCGGCGGUUUGCGGUGCAGACUGCGGCUCGUCCGCGCGGCGCAGCGGCGGAGCGGAGCCGCUGACCGACAGGAGCCAGGAGGCUGCUGUCUGCGGGAAAACCGCAAACGCUGCGGGUCUGCCCAAUUUUUAUUUCUUCGUCUUUCUGUAUUUUUUUUUUUUGGUACGAUGCGCGCGCGCUGCGCACGUGCAGGAUUAUAGCGGAAUUGAGGAUUAUCCUUUGCGGGUCGUCAUGUACGCGGGACGCAAGAGGAGGAAACCCGUCCAGAGAGCUGUGAAGCUGCCUCCAGCUGAAGGGGCCAAAUCCAACCCCUCUAAAAGGCACCGGGACCGCCUGAAUGGCGAGCUGGAGCGCUUGGCCGGCCUGCUGCCGUUUCCAGAAGACGUCACUGCCAGUCUGGACAAGCUGUCCAUCCUCCGGCUAAGCGUCAGCUACCUGAGGGCCAAAAACUUCUUCUGUGCUGCAUUGAACAAUCCCAACGGAGCCUCUGAAGGAAACCAGGAGACUCCAAAAGCAGCACGGAAGCAGAAGAUUCCAGAAGGUGAACUGCUGCUGCAGGCUCUGAACGGAUUUGUUCUGGUCAUCACUGCCAGCGGAACGAUCUUCUACACGUCACACACCAUCCAGGAUUACCUCGGCUUCCAUCAGACUGACGUGAUGCAUCAGAGCGUUUACGAGAUGGUCCACUCUGAAGACCAGCAGGAGCUGAGGAGAAACCUGCACUGGGCUCUGAACCCCCCUCCCGCCGCAGAGUCAACCAUUUCCCAGGACUCCCAUCCAGAGACGGCCCCCGACAGCGGCGCCGCUUCGGUCUCCUACAGACCCAACCAGCUUCCACCAGAGAACUCGUCUUUCUUAGAGAGGAGUUUUGUGUGUCGCUUCCGCUGCCUCCUCGACAACUCCUCAGGCUUUACGGCGCUGAACCUCCAGGGCAGACUCAAGUUCUUGCACCGGCAGAACCGGCAGCCGGAAAACGGAGGGAAGCGCCUGCCGCAGCUCGCUCUGUUCGCCAUCGCCACUCCUCUGCAGCCCCCAUCCAUUCUGGAGAUCAGGACCAAAAACAUGAUCUUCAGGACCAAACACAAGCUGGACUUCACUCCAACCGCCUGCGACGCAAAAGGAAAGAUCGUUCUGGGUUACACUGAAGCUGAGCUGAGGGUCCGAGGGUCCGGAUAUCAGUUCAUCCAUGCUGCAGACAUGCUGCACUGUGCAGAGAACCACGUCAGAAUGAUCAAGACUGGAGAAAGUGGACUGACUGUGUUCCGGCUUCUCACCAAGGAGAACCGCUGGAAGUGGGUCCAGUCAAACGCCCGGCUGGUCUACAAGAACGGCCAACCCGAUUACAUCAUCGCCACCCAGAGGCCUCUGCUGGAUGAAGAAGGAGCAGAACAUUUGCGUAAGCGCUCCAUGCUCCUCCCCUUCACCUACGCUACAGGUGAGGCUCUGCUCUACGAGUCCAACCACCCCAUCGCUGGAUCCAGAGGCCCCGCCCCAGAAAAAAACGCCAGCAAAUCCAAGAAGAGUCGCAGCGACUGGCUGGCCAGGGAUGGUGUGAACCCUGCAUCCCUGCUGGGGGCGCUCAUGAGUCAGGAUGAGUCGGUCUACGUCUGCCAGCCGUCCGGGGACCCCAGAGACUCCGCCCACAGCAGCUUUUUUGGAGGAGCCGCCAUGUCUGACCCGUCCAGAGGCUCCCCCGACCCAGACCUCGGUGGCUGCUGCGACCCGCUGCUGGAGACUCUGGAUUCGCUUCACCUGGACGUCCAGGUGGGGGCCGGGGAGGGGGGGUGCUCAAAUGGCGAGCUGUUCGGAGCGCUGGAGGGGCUGGGACUUAGCGCCGAGGACCUGGAGCUGCUGCUGCUGGACGAGCGGAUGAUCAGGGUGGAGACAGACCCCGAGCGCGUUCCCACACUGGACGACCUGCUGACCAACGACGAGAUUCUGUCCUACAUAUACGACUUCAUAGAUGCGCCAUCUGACGGACAGGAGCCUCUGAGUGGGGCCCCCACCCCUGGAGGGGUCCUGCAGGCCCCCGUCCAGCAGAUGCAGCAGCACCUCUGCAUGCAUCCCUGGCAGCGGCGCAGCAACCGCGCCGCAGACUCGGCGGCCAGCGCAGUCCCGUGUGGCAGCAGCAGAGCGUGGCCAGCUCAAGAGGUUCUGGACGCGGAGCGGAACACGGAACAGCUCCAUCAGCAUCACCCCCACCUGCAGAAAGCCCCCACCCCACUGUGGGACCGUGAGGUGGUCUCGUCCGAUUACAGCACACCAAAUGGAGGAGGCGCCUUGUUUGGGGGGCAGCAGACUUCAGAGGCUCCGAUCAUGGACUCCCCCAUAGUGCGAGUCAGGGGGCGGAUCCCAGAGGGGGACCCCUGGGACCCCAGCAGGAGUAAGAGGGAAAACGGCUGCGUUCUGAGCGGUUCUUACCCAGACGGCUGGAGCUGGACCUGCAGCCUCCGCGGUCCGGACGCUCAGCUCUGACUGCACCUGAAACCUCCGACCCACUCGGCACCAGUUCCUACCUCCAACACGACAGUAGCAGGAAAACUCAGCCGCCUUAUUUAUGUGGAAAACACCAACAGGCGUUUGUUUGUUUGUUUGUUUACACGGGCCUGUUUUCUGGAGCGAUCGAUGUUCACGUUUACAACAAUGCAGUGCAGAUCCGUUAUUUAUGUAAUUCUGAUCAAUGCUUUCAGUUAAGUUUAUGAAUCUGCUGUCAGACGGAAAAAGAACAGAAAAUAUGAUUAUUGUGAGGGAUGGGGGAGGGGCAGGAUGAUUUAAAUAUCAUUUUUUUGUUUUUCUCUCCUAAAAGUUACUUUAGUUUCACCAUUUUAGCCCCAGAAAAGAACAACCGGAUUUAUUAGCAGGUUACAGUGAAAGGACAGACGUGUCACCAUCAGGACGUUAUUGUAACAGGUUUUUAGAAAUAUCCUCAAAGGUUUCACAUGCAGAAAAUCGUCUUCAUCGAAGGUUCAUCACCUUCUGACUGACAGACGUUUUUAUUAGACAUAAACGGGUCUUUUUGAAGAACCAAACGGUGAUUUUAUCUGCCAGUAAAGCAGGUUUAUGACCAGGGGUGUCCAAACUCAGCCAACUGUGUCUCCAUUCCAAAUGUCACAAUAUUCAAGUCACGUUUUAUUUCAAUAUUUUAAAAAAAAUAUUUCUAUAUCUAUGAUUUAAUAUAUGUAAACAUUUUCCAGCAUUUCAGAUUCAUUACAAUUUUUUUGGCCUUUUUCCACUUUUUUUUUAAUUAGAGUUAUUGAAAGUUUAAUGGGGCAUUUUUAUGAAUCAUUAUUCCAAAUUUGGCUUCUUUCAGUUUCUUUUCAACAAGAUUAUCAGCUUUUCUGCUAAAUCAGCUUUGAUUUUUAAUAUUUAAUUGUUUAGCACAAAGAUUUUUUUUUACAACUUAUGAAGCAUUGAAUUAGUUUAUUAUCAUCAAUCAUUUUGUUUUAACUGACUUGAGCACCUUUCUUAGUAUUAUUUCUAAUUUGUUUUUAUCAGAAUUUAACAAAAAUGUCCGACUUGUACUCUAUCUACUAGUCGAUUUAGCAUAUAUCUCCUUGUUUUUAUUUUAUUUGUUUUUAAUAUCUUAUGUUUUGACAGGGAUUUCAGACAAAUUUCUGACACUUUGCCCAGAUAUUGAAUUUAUUCAUUUUAAUUAAUAUCCAUAUUUAGGCUAACCUUUUUUUGCUACCAUUUAAACUGUUAGCAUAAAUAAUAUCCGUCCUCAUUUUUCUUUUAUCAAACUAAAAUCUUUUGUUAGCAUUUUAUAAUGUUUUACCCUUUCAGUUAGAACGUUUAUGUAUUUAAUUUGGCAUGCUGCCUGAAUUUUUGUAGCUAUAGGGAUCAAACAUUGUUAGCAUUAUUUACACCGUUAGCUUCUUUUCUGGUUGUUAUUUAUUCUUUGGCUAAUUAGCAACUGUAUCACAGUUUAGCAUGAAGCUAGUUCGCUUUUAGUUAGAUUUUCUAAUCAUGUAGUUUGAUAAAUGUUUAGCUUUAGUCAAGCUGUUUUUGUCAUUUAGUAUUUUUAAACUGUCUUACAGUUUUUUCUGUUUUGAGUUAUUUAGCAAAACUCCUUUUUAAGAAACAAAGCUUUAGCAUGACUCGCCUUAGCCUAGCCACUUUCUUUCAGAUGUUUGGAACUUUAAGCUAAUUUAGCAUUGGGGAUAAUUUUGCACUUUCACCACAUAAUUUAGAAAUCUUAAUAACUUUUUUUUAUUGGCGGUUUAUUUUGGAUUUUUGUUGUUUGAAAAAAAAUUGGGAAUUGCAGCUGUUUUAAGUUUAGACACCCCUGAAAUGGUAAUUUUUUCUGUUUGAGGUUAAAUUCAGUUACGUGACUCAUAUGAAAAUCCCCCCCCCCCCCCCCCCCGCAUGUAGAAAAUAAUUUUAAAAAUUAUUUGUGAAGCAAGUGGAAGGUUUCUGUAAUGAAUGUUAGACUGUGCUGAAAUGAGAUUUCACCUUCAUUUGCAGAUGAUGUUUUCUUCUUUAUUAUGAUUAUUCUGUGUGAAAUGUGAGCAAAAGGUUUAAUAUGACUAACAUGGUGAGGAAGGCUGUCUUAUUAAAUUCAGGUAUGUAUAUAGUUUUAAUGUUAUAUGUUCAAAGCAGAUUUAAAAAUGAAUGACGUUCCUUUGGCAUUUUAAUUUAUGCUUUUUUUUACCGUAAAUAUUGAAAAAAUGGGCUGAAAAAAGUGCCAAACUUUUGCGGCUCGAUCCGACUGAACUAGCAAGAGUUUUGUAAACGUUGGUUUUAAGCGGAAAUGCAUCUCCAGAGCAGUGGCUUGUUAUUUUUGAGGUGAUUUUUAUCCACUUGGACCAAAAGGAGGCGUUUGAGGACGAAGAAAAACUUCCUAUAGGUUUUUAGCAUCAAUAAAGAAUGACCACACGAA